AUGCAGUACUUUCGUUUCGCCUUCACGGCCAUCGCUCUAAUUACCRUCGCCAGAUGCUCUCCUCGUGUCUUUGAGCCAGCAACCGCAAAGCAAGCCCUUGGACUAGAUCCCAUCCCAGCUAAAUUCGGAUCCGGAUAUACCAACCCAGAUUCAGCCGACAGAGUCGCGACCGAUGCCUACGACCUAGAUGCGGCCGACAGACGUGCAUCGAAUGCAUACACUCCAGACGCCUUCGAAAGACCCGCAUCGAAUGCAUACACUCCAGAAGCCUUCGAAAGGCCUGCAUCGAGCAGCUACACCCCACCCUCAAACAGGAGACCUGCAGCAAGCACAUACAACCCACCCUCAAACAGGAAACCUGCAGCAAGCGGAUACAACCCAACCUCAAACAACAGACAAGCAACAGGCCCCUACACCUCAAACACAAACAACAAACCCUCAUCAUCAUCCGGCUACUCCAGAACCGACAUCGACAGAACAUACACCAUCUACCGCUCCUCCCUACAAUCCCUCGCCAGAGAACUCGAAAGCCGCUCCUCAUACCAACAAACCUCAACCCUCGAUACCUCUCGCGCAGCACUCAAGACCGCUCAAACCGCCCUAGCAACUUUCCGCACAGCAGCCAAACCUACACCGACCAGGUGUGCGGCAGUCAAACUCAUCCCUGCUGGCGAUCAGGAGAUUGCUGUCAAGUAUCUUACUUUUGUGCAGAAGACCGUGGAUGAGGCGUAUGCGCAGUCAAUUGACAGGGAUGGAGAGUCUGCGUAUUGGAAUUUCUGCUUGAUUGAUGAUUACAUGGGUGCUGUGGAGGAAUACAUUGAGAAGGAUGGUGUGUACAACGGGAAGAGUAUCGGGACUUUUUAG